GAAGUAUUUAUCCAUUGGAGUUGGAGGGAAUACCUAACGAAAAACAUCCCCUUUCUCUUUGAUUUCGGUUCCCGCUAUCUCUACUCUCUCUCACUCUGCGAACUAGGCAUUUCAAUCUAUAAAAUCAAUAUCCUUCAACUUCGUCCAUUUUCGAAACUCCGGAGCUCAGCGCUCGCGCUCUUCACCUACCAAUGGCAAAACCUGGAGAAGAUGACCUAUCGGACGGCCUAGAAAUCACUUCCAUUGGAUCUCUAUACAAAGGUCCUUGGGACAAGAAGUACUGGAGCAGCUCUAGGGGUAAAGAUCGGUAUCCUUAUCCUGUUGGGUAUCAAGUCAUAAGAGCUCAUAAUGGGAACAUGUAUAAGAUGGAAAUUCAUGAAGGUCUUAAGGGUCCAUUGUUUGUGGUUAUGCAGAUUGCUUCUGAUGGACGUUCAUGUUCUGGCCAAACUCCAGAUAUUGCAUGGGAGAAAUGCCAAAAGAAAGGUUUUACUCGCAUGAAGAUUUGGCAUGGAAAGAGAUUUUCAUGCAAGAUAGAUGGGGUGGAGUUUUUCGGGUUUAAAAAUCCAUUAGUACAGAGACUGCUUCGGGAACUGGUGGCAAAUGUCAAUGGAAUAGCAGAGCAAAGUUCCCAUUUCUGCAAUGGCACUUCUAAAACUGAGGAUGACAGUCGACUCUCAGAUGAAUGUACAUAUCCUGAUCUGCUACCAUAUAUAAAAAUUCCAAAUAAAGGGAAGAGAAGUAGAAAACAUGAAAUUGUAAUUACGAAGUCAGUUGGCAUGGCUAGACUUAAAAGAUCCCGAUCUCAAGAUCUCAUUUGUGAUUCUGACGCACCGGCUUUAGGACAAGGGAAUCAGAAGAACUAUAAUCUUGGAUGUUUCAUGCCUCCCUCUUCUCCAGAAAAAGAGUAUGGUGUUCAUAAACAUCCAGGAGCUUUGGUCUUGUCACCUCACUUAAUAUCUGGAACUAUAGAAGAGACGAGCCACUUCUCAGUCAAAGAGGGGCCACUAUUGAAUUCUGUUGACCACUCUGAGAUGAAGGAAGCUGUCCCUACUCAGGAAGAGAGGGAACCUGAUGCUUCAGAAAAUUGUAAAUCUGCUGGAGUAGCUAACAACUUUCCUGAAGGGGAAGCACCUAUUUCCAGAUACUGAGUUAGAGGAGUUCAAUGUUCAAAAUGUAGCAGAAGAGGAAAAUAGAAGUGCACUAGCUCAAAAAGACUGCUUGGUACUUGGUGAUGGUCUUUGUGCACCAGAUACUUUAGAUCUUACACAAGGUA